AUGGCUUUGCCGUCACCUCCGACCUUAAAUCGCAUUACACUCAAAAAGAGCUUGAAAAACCUUCCAAAGUCCCAUUCUUUUGGACGAGUUUUACUGCCCAACAGAUCCAAAACCCAGAUUUCUCCUUCUGAGCGCUCAAUUCAACUAGCUUCUUCUGAUACAAUAAUGCCCAUAGUUCAAACUGGUACUAAUUAUACUACUCUUUCCACGCCUUCUGGUUUGCCCUCUGAUACAGAUCGCGCUACUAACACUUUUACUUUAUCUGACUUCUGGAGAGAAGUUCAAGGGUGCAACAACUGGGAGCACCUCCUAGAUCCUUUGCACCCUCUUCUUCGCCGGGAAAUUAUCCGAUACGGAGAGUUCGUCACGGCGUGUUACAAGGCCUUCGAUCUCGACCCUGCCUCGAAACGCUACUUAAACUGUAAGUAUGGCAAGAAACGGAUGUUAAAUGAGGUAGGAAUGGGAGAUUGUGGUUAUGAAGUCGUCAAGUACAUCUACGCCACUCCUGACAUCGCUAUCCAGAAUUUCUCCUCUUGCGGACGUUGGAUCGGCUUCGUCGCCGUGUCAUCGGAUGAGGCCACGCGGCGACUCGGCCGGCGCGACAUCGUCAUAACUUUCCGGGGAACCAUCACGGGCCAAGAAUGGGUCGCCAACUUCAUGAGCUCGCUGAUUCCGGCUCAGCUCGACCCGCAUAAUCCACGUCCCGACGUGAAGGUAGAGUCUGGGUUUCUCUCUCUCUAUACCUCCGACGAAGGGUCGACCUCGAAAUUCGGCAUUACGAGUUGCCGGGAACAGCUACUGUCAGAGAUUUCAAGGCUCCUCAAAAAAUACGAAGGCGAGAACAUUAGCCUGACGGUGGCGGGUCACAGCAUGGGGAGUGCAUUGGCUCUCUUACUCGCCUACGACGUGGCAGAGCUCGGACUGAACAAACUAGGUAACGCUGUUAGCGGACAAAAAACUGAAAUACCUGUCACUGUUUUCUCGUUCGGCGGGCCGCGAGUCGGAAACCUAGGUUUCAAAAAUCGGUGCGAAGAGCUGGGUGUCAAAGUGCUGAGAAUCGCGAACGUGAACGACCCCAUCACGAAGCUGCCAGGGGUCGUCUUCAACGACGAGAAUUUUAGGGUUUCAAGUUUGGGAUUUUCGUGCUACGCCCAUGUCGGAGUUGAGCUAUUACUGGAUUUUUUCAGCGUCCAGAACCCUUCCUGUGUUCACGACCUGCAGAGCUACAUAGGCUGCCUCCUGAAAUACUCCAACUCGGAUAACAAAGAAGGGUUUGGUUUUCAGAUUCAUGUGGAUGAAGUGAUGAGUAAUUUGAUGGAGAAGGGAAGAGAGUUGCUCUUGAGCUCUCAUCAGAACAUCAACGUGUUGCCGGGGUUGCUCUCCGAUGCCGGAAACCACCACGGUAUUCUGGGAUGGAUCUCGAGAGAUUUGAUGAGUUCUUUGGGCAAUGAACUGCUCUUUGGCCUGGUUCUUUUGUUAUUGUAG